AUGACGCUAAUUAAAAUAACAACGUGCUGGAAAAACAGACAAGCAUUAGGACGUUUGCUUGUCGAAAUACAAAAUAAUUUCAUCGUCGACAAAUACAAUACGUUCGAGAAGAGACGUAUUUUUAUCAAAUAUACCAAAAUGGCGAAAUAUUAUGUUUUAGUAGCUGUUACCACGAUGACAUUUAGCAUUGCUUUUUAUUACAUCAACGCAUUGGUGCUAAAUGUAAAAAUGGUCAUAAGCAAUUCGUCAUUGAGUUACAAACUGCCGUACAAAACACGAGCCAUUAUCGAUAUACGCGACAUUAGGGUCUAUAUUUUUCUCUGUAUUUAUCAGAUGUUGGUAGUACCAAGUAUUGUACUAGGUUUCGUCGGAUUUGAUUGUUUGUUUGCCAAUCUUGCAUUUCAUAUUACCGCACAAUUUGGAAUUCUCAGUUCUAUGCUCAAAGAAAUUCUCAGCGACUCUAAUGCUUUUCAACAUAAUAUAAAGGAACUUUUACUUCGACAUUACGUAUUGAUAAGACAAGCGAAAACUUUGGAAGAUAAUUUUAAUGUAAUAAUAUUACAACAGUUAAUGGGUACAACGUUUCAACUUUGUUCAUCUGCCUACAAUACAAUUUUGGAUUCAGUAAGCAAAGAAACAUUAACGUUAAUCAUAUUCUGCUUUUAUGCUUUAAGCACAUUGAGUACAUUGUUUCUUUAUUGUUACAUCGGCGAGUGUCUUAUUCAAGAAGUAAUUGAAUUAAUUAACUAUAUCCAGGGUGUCUUAUAUUAUUUGAUUAGUUUGAGCCUGAGCAACGCAAUUUAUCGUUACGAGUGGUAUAACAUGUCACCAAUGAAUUUAAAAAUGCUAAUAAUUUGUAUGUUGCGAAUGAAAAGACCAGAACAAUUAACUUCCGGUAAAUUUUUCGUCCUAUCAUUGACUUCUUUUACCGACUUCGAAUAUAAGAACGUGAUCCUUUCAUUGUCGAUAAUUGAUUAUAAUCUUGAUGUAUUAUGGAAACAGGAUGUAACUUAUUUGAAAAAAGGGGUAAACUCGAUGGAUGGUCUUUAUCGUUGUCACCCUAACACCCCAAUGGAAAAGUUACUUCACGUGAAACUUUCUUUCGUAACGACGAUAUCAACAAUCCCCCUUUUACGAGCGAAUGAACUGGCGUAG